AUCCCGCCUUUUUGUUGCUGUGUCACUGCGAAAGGAGAUAAGUCACUUAACGGUUGGGUGACUCUUUAUUUGCUGACAGCAGAAGCGGCAGCACUCACUUGCACUCAUUCACUGUAAAACAGCAGGUGUAGAUGAAAGAAGGUGAAUCAGUGAUGGUUCUGAAGGUGUUCUUCCCUCAAUGCUGCAACCGCGCAGCCAGCGGUCUGCUGGUGGGCCGCUGGUUUCCGGAGCACAACUCUGCCGUGGUGCUGGCCGUCAUCCACUACCCGUUCAUUCCCAGCCACGUCAAACGCUACAUACAGCAGAUGGCAGCCGAGAGCCACGUGGAACUGUCUGUGUUGGGCUCGUGGAGUUUACCUCAGGAAGGCGAGGAGGGCAUGGAUAGCUUCCUGAAGGACCUGAGCACCAUGUUCCCCCAGCAACGCUGGCUCCAAAUCAGCCGCCGCAUGGGCCAGAAAGGCUUCACCUGCCACCUCCUCGGACGCACUCCACCACCAAAAGAGGUGAAGAAGACUGAGGAGGAAGUGGAAGAGGAGAGCGAAGAAGAGGAGGAGAAGGUGAUCUUUGUCCACUACGAGCAGAGGAAGGUGAUGUUGUCACAGCUUCAUCCCGUCCAGAAUGGUGUCCCCGAAUCCAAAGCUGCUUUGCCGUCCGAGUUGAGACAGGUAUUCCACACGGUGUCUAGCAGCGGCCCCCUAUUUUUCUUGGACAAGUAUGACGAUGGUCCGCUGAAGUCCACCCAUUGGCAGUCUGACGGUCGAGAGGGAAGCAUCAUUGUGGAGCUCCUGAAACAGGCCUCUGUGCCGCUCUGCGUGCUCCUCAGCCGAAUACUGGCCGUGUGGACUUGGAUCUGCAGCAUGCGGGUCUUUGAUGUUUUCCCGCUACCCUUUCUGUGGUCCAAGUUUUCGUCCUGUGUACAGCUCAGCUACAGGACCCAACACCUCAAGACUCUCAGCUCACCAAAAUCGGCCGAGAAUCACACGCAGUUCAUCAGAAAGGCCAACAUGUUUGUGUCCAUCCUGAUGGAUGUGGGUCUGGGUCUGUUGCUGGCCUCCUGGCUCUACAGAGAUGACCAUAUUAGCAUGAUAUCCAACAUGCUCGUUCCCGCUGCAGACCAUGUUGCUAAGGAGCUACAGGAUCUGCUGCAGUGGCUAAUGGGCGCCCCGGCUGGGCUAAAGAUGAACCGGGCCCUGGACCAGGUGCUGGGCCGCUUCUUCCUCUAUCACAUUCACCUGUGGAUCAAUUACGUUCAACUGUUGUCUCCGUUCAUGGAGUCCAUCCUGUGGUACGGCGGCCUGUCGGCGUGCCUGGGUUUGACCUUUGCCCUCUCUCUGCUGUCCGACAUGGUGGCUCUGCUCACCUUCCACAUCUACUGCUUCUACGUCUACGGAGCCAGGCUGUAUUGCCUGAAGAUCUACGGCCUAUCUUCGCUAUGGCGGCUCUUCAGGGGCAAGAAGUGGAACGUUCUGAGGCAAAGGGUCGACUCCUGCUCCUACGACCUGGAUCAGCUAUUCCUUGGUACGCUGCUGUUUACCAUCCUACUCUUCCUGCUGCCCACCACAGCCCUCUACUACUUGGUCUUUGCACUGUUGCGUCUGGUGAUCAUCCUGUUCCAGGGCGUCAUCCACCUGAGUGUGGAUUUCAUCAACUCCUUCCCGCUCUAUGCCAUCGGCCUUCGCGUGUGUCGUCCGUACAGACUCGCAGAGGGUGUGAGGUUCAGGGUGCUAAGUGAGGAGCCCGGAACUGCUCUUCACCUGCUCAUGGAGAUUAACCCGCUGAAGAGCAGCGCUGUGGUUGACACGUACCGCACGCCCACUUACAGCUGUUACCCCAAGGACUCAUGGGGCGCCCUGGCCAAGAAGCUCUUUGUCGGGGAGCUCAUCUACCCAUGGAGGCACACCAGCACCAAGAGCCACGCUGCCAAGACUGACUAACUGACUGACUGAGCAGCACAAAAUGAAUAAGUCAUGAAAUGGAAACAGAUGGACGCAGGCAAGAGAGAGGAAAUGGAAACUAAAGUGGUAGCUGCUCUGAUCACUACAGCGACCAGUUCUGACACGGAAAGGCACCAGUUUUGUGAUAUUUCACUUCAAAUGAGAUAUGAGGGCAUAAACACCCCACACUGACUUCCUAACACUCAAAUAUUUUGUUAAAAAUGUCUACCAUCCUGUGAUAAAGUUACAGGUGUACCAUUUCUCAAACCCUUUUCUUAUGUUAUUUAUUUAACUAUUGAUAUUUGUAAUGCUGAAAUUGUCAUACAGGUACUUACUACUUACUUACUGUGUAUUGAGCUGCAGAAGUACUAUUGUGUAUAAAAUAAAAUAAAAAAUAGCAAUUAUACUAAAAAAAUAACAAAUUUUGCAGAUGUACUUUUGUGUAAAAAAUAUGAAUUCGAUGGUCAUUUUAGCCACCACAAAAAAUGCUCACACCAGGUCAAGCUCUAAUUUUUGUGUGUCAAUUUAAUUUUUAUGUUUUAAAUCUAAUUAAUUGAAGUCUUAAUUCAGACCAAAUGAUGUGAAGUAGGCAAGCUGUGAUUUUAUGCAAUUUUUUUGGAAUUCUACUAUAAUUAUAAUUUCUAAGUGUUAUUCAUAUUGUGCCUCUAAUGUUAUUUUUAGUGUACUGGAAUGGAGGAGUUGUCUUAUUUGUGACUGAUUUGUACUCAUUUUUAUUGACUUUUCCAUAAUGCUCUCAUGUCGAGCCUUUGCCAUUAAACACUCUUCCCAAGAAUC